UAAAAAAAAUAAAAAAUCAGAGGCGGACGCACGGCUGCAAGUUCCGUGUCGUGCUGGGUGUCUCGCCGUCGCCGCCGGGGCGAGCAUGGAGUCCGUCGCGAUCGCCACCACCUCCCGCUCUCUCCUCCCUCUCCCCCCCUUCUCCUCCAAUCGCCGAUGCCGCCGCCGCGCAUCCUUCCUCCCCGUCGCCGCCUCCAACCGCCGCCACCACGACGACGACGACGAGGAGGUCGCCAAGGCGCACGAGCCCACCAGCCUCGCCUCGUACGGCCUCUCCAUCUCGCCGCUCUCCAAGGAUGCGGCCAUGGGGCUGGUGGUGAGCGCCGCCACGGGGAGGGGCUGGACGACGGGGUCGGGGAUGGAGGGCCCGCCCAAGGCCGCCGGUGGGGGAGACCGGCCGGAGGUGUCCACGCUGCCAUGGUCGCUCUUCACAAAGUCCCCACGGCGGCGGAUGCGCGUGGCCUUCACCUGCAAUGUGUGCGGGCAGCGAACCACGCGCGCCAUCAACCCGCACGCCUACACUGACGGCACUGUCUUUGUUCAGUGCUGCGGGUGCAACAUAUUCCAUAAGCUGGUGGACAACCUGAACCUGUUCCAUGAGAUGAAAUGCUAUGUUGGUCCAGACUUCCGCUACGAAGGAGAUGCACCGUUCAACUAUCUCGACCGUGGCGAGGAUGGUGACAACAUAUUUCCAAUUCUGUGAAGAAAACCUGACAUGGUGCUUCAGUGUGUGAUGGUUGAUGCCAGUAUGUAAUAAGCAUGCAUAUGUUGAUCAAUCUGGAGGGUGCCUUGAGUUGUUAUACCCUGGAACUUGUAGUAAAUUUCAGAUGUAUAUAUAAUUAAUUGUACUCCUAGUGCACACGCUACGGUGCAAACAUUAUACAGAUAUAGUGGAUAAUAGUAAUAGAUAUAUGAAGAACCUUGUUAUGCAUAAUUGUCUCCAGAGUUGAGGAUGUGCAAAAUUCACUUGUGAUUCA